AUGGGCACUGAAGGCCGCUGGGAGCUCCUCAAUCUCAACCUUGAGGGUCUGCCCAAGCUUCUCGUCAAGUAUGUUAUCGACGACCAUGGCUACACUGUAUCUAUCACCGACCUUGCAAACAUAUGGAUUGAGACUCUAGCCAAUCUUCAUGUCAUACGCAACGCUGAAGAACAAAGUUGCAGCAUCAACCCUGGCGAUGAUGUUGGUCAGUUGCGCAUACUACUCGAGCAGAUUCGCGAUAUUCUUCGUCAUAAGCCCGGCACCACUGUUCACCUUGCCCUACACCCUCCUGACCAUCUCAAACUUACUUUGAGAGCUCCAUUGCCCCCGCCCUUGCUUACCUUCGAAUGGACCAUGGCGCUUGCCAAAGCCACUUCGCUCGAGGUCGUCUCCGGAGUCAUAUCACCUCUUCUGCUUCUUGCUCAUCAACAGCAGCAGCAACUCGGUUUUCUACUCAGUCAACUCAAAGACAAGGAUCAUGCCAUGUCGAGAUUGCUCGAUAAGAUGGAAGCUACCAACACUGAUUUGGGCUCUGUCUUUCCAGGAGUUUCGGCUGGCAGAAACUCUCAGAGGUCGUUGAAACGAAAUCAUGUGGCUGGUCGUGUCCCGGGUCUCGCCCCUUUCGAGCCGGGAUCCGAGUUGCAGCAGAAUGGAGUCUCGCCCUCUACCGAGGCGCUCUUUGCCGUGCUUCGCGAUGUUCCUGGUGAAAUGGCGCCUAGUCUGACUAACACGUCCCACACCUGGUGGCAGGAUAUGCCGAAGCAGCAGGGCGACGUAGAAGUCAGCGUGCCAAUGCCCUCGGUCUUGGAAGAUGACGAAACAGAUGAUGACCUGGACUUUCAAACUCAGACGAUACCAGAGCAAUUGCAACGACAAAUGCCCGCUAAUAUAUCCUCACCGGUCCGCUCAACCCGACGCGUGCAGAGGCACGUUUCUGCUAACGACGAUAGCACCGACGAUGGCAGAGUUACAUCAUCUCCUCCUCCUAUUCUUCGCAACUUCCAACUCGGCCAGACGGAAACACCUGCACCUGACAGUCCGAGCAAACGCUCGAGUACGCAGACAAGACGCAUAGGAGCGAUUGGGGGCAGAUCUAGCUCUCAGGCUUUACCACCAUCCUCACCACCCAAGCCGCCCCCGGAUAUUGAACUUGGUCAUGGUUUGCGAUCGAGAACCACGCUAUCACCAACUCCAUCUUCGAUGCUGCCCCCUCAGAGUCAAGCGUCUCCCUCACGUAGACGUAGGCUGGGUGGAAUUGGACGUGGCAGUUCUCAGAUGCAGUACUCCCAGCCAUCGCUGAACAGAUGGUCGUCGCAAGCUCCUCCUGUCUUGGAAGAAGACCAGCCGGACAAUAUUAAUCUUGCUUCGGGACUUGCACCUACGGCCCGUGAAGAUCGCGAGGAUGCGACUGAAGGCCGACAGACUCGAGCGGCCAAGCGCAGGGCCAGUGAGGAAAGGGAACCUACGCCGAGAGAAACGUCAGCAGAGAGAGCCGACAGGAAGAGGCAAGAGCUGAAACGGAAUGAAAAAUCGAAAGCGCCUGUGAAGAAGAAAAGGCGAUUCUAA